AUGGGGUUCUUCGACAACAUCAUGCUCCAGCUGGACGAGGCCGUGUCAGGCUUCUUCGGACAAUGGAAUACAUACACCACCGCCCUCGUUACCCUGCUAGUCAUUAUCGUUUCUUAUCGAAUCUUUUCUAGCCAGGACCCCGAUACUCAUCCUAUGCUCCUUGCGCGCCAGGCUCAGGGUUCACCAGUCCGACAAAAAGGAGAAUCUCCCGUUUACCGAUCCCACUCUUCCCCUCACGGCAUGCCUCUCAACAGCGGACUCAACGUUAAGGAUCCCGGUGCUUCCAAGUGGUCGAGAGGACGUGAUGGAGACCUUCGGGAUAUUUGGAGACGGGCUGCGACUGGAGGAUCAGGCGACGACGGCAAGCCUGCUGGAGCUAAAGGGCGUCUACUGACGGUUCUUGGUAGCGAGAACGUCGUUGAGCAUCAACUCGACGAUGUUACUCGCCAAAUCAACCUUAUUGGGCAACACAUCCACGAGCAGGGCGGUAUUCGCGUUGCCAUCUAUUUGCCGAACUCCAUUGAGUUGCUAGUGGCUCUUUUCGCCUGCAGCUUUUACCCCAAUCUCACGGCCAUUCUGAUUCCAUUUGACGUAUCUGACGAGGAACUGAUCAUGAUGCUUCGUCGUUCUGCUGCGGAUACCCUUGUUACGGCGCCUGGCGCGUUCCCCUUCGACCCCGUCGUUAAGGCCUAUCCCUCUCUCCGCCAACUGAUCUGGGUUGUGGAUGAAGGCAGCAGCCAUAUGGACUGGAACGAGGUUCCCGAGGGCACAGGAGGCAGCGUUAACGUUGCAACUUGGCAGGACAUCGUUCACGAGGCGCCUGCCAGCAUUGGAAGGGAGCUGCCUGCUGUUGACAAGGAGGUUGAGCCCAGGGAGAUCAUUACUUUCUGGCAGACUAAGCCCGGAACCCUGGAAGAAAUGGUGCGGUUCACUCAGUCCAACUUGGUGUCCGGAGUAGCUGGUCAGCUUGCUGCAAUCCCGUCAACGCAACGCCUCGGUCCGUCUGACCUCUUUCUGGCGGCUGAUUCUCUGACGAACAUUCACACCCUCACUCUGACGCUUGCUGCCCUGUACUCGAACGCGUCUGUUGCUUUCAACUCUGUUGCAGGACGGUCCCCCGAUUUGGUUCUGGCCACUCAAGGUGUGGCUCCUACGGUGCUCGUAGCUACCCCCGAGACUCUGUUGAGGACCCACAAGGAAGCCACCAACCGCUUGACUUCUGCCAUCGCCAAGGUCGCUCACUGGGCCCAGUCCCGCAGCCUGACGGAUAGUGGUGUUAUGCCCGUUGCCUCUGCGGCCGCCAAGUUCAACAGCGCGUCUCGCCCCGCGAUUGGUACCACCCCUGGAAAGCUGCGACUGGUUUACGUUGCGGACAGAGCCGGAGCCGACUCGCCACCGCUGUCCUCGCGGGUGCUUUCUGAUCUGCGUGUGUUCCUGGGUGCCAGGAUCAUCUACGCUCUCACGGCGCCCAAGGUCGCGGGCGCUGUUGCCCAAACUGGUUUUUACGACUACAGAGUUCAGGAUGAUGCCCAGUCGCACUUUGGCCCUCCCGUCACAAGCACUGAGAUCCUUUUGAGAGAUACGGAGAAGAACAAGAACGCAGACCAAGAUUACCAGGGAGAGAUUUUCGUCAGAGGCCCCUCUGUCGCAGGCAGUGAGACGUCUAUCAAGGUCGCUGGAAGAAUUCGGGACGACAAUACGUUGGCGUAUGCCUGA